AUGUGGAAGAAAAACUUUGAUGCAAGUUUUAACACUCUGCACAGCUCAGAUGCCCGGUCCCCCUUGUGGUCCAAGGAGAAGAUCGAUCCAAUCGUGGUCCAGGAGGGCGUGUCCCUGGUGCUGCAGUGUCAGCCGCCUGUGGGCCUGCCCCCUCCUGUCAUAUUCUGGAUGGACAACAACUUCCAGAGGCUCCCUCAGAACAGCAGGGUGUCUCAGGCCCUCAACGGAGAUCUGUACUUCUCCAACGUCCGCAAGGAGGACACCAGGAGCGACUACAUCUGCUACGCGCGCUUCCCGCACACUCAGACCAUCCAGCAGAAGCAGCCCAUCACUGUCAAAGUCCUUAACCUGGAUGCAAUCAAUGAGACAAUGGCAGAUUUUUACAAUGAGACUGAUUUAUUUAGUGAAGCCCCAGCGGACGACAGGAAGCCCACCUUCCUCAUCCCGUCCGGUGCGUCCAGCACUCAGCUGGUCCUGCGGGGGCAGGUCCUGGAGCUGGAGUGUAUCGCCGAGGGCCUGCCCACUCCCCAGGUGUCGUGGACCAAAGUGGGCGGAGAUCUCCCGACCAAGCGCACCUCCUUCCUGCACCACCAGAAGACGAUGUCCAUCGUCAACGUGUCCGAGUCGGACGCCGGGGAGUACCGCUGCUCCGCCAAGAACCAGCUGGGCUCCGCCCACCACAACAUCCGGGUCACCGUCAGAGCUGCUCCAUACUGGAUCAGCGGCCCGCCUCGUAACCUGGUGCUGGCUCCCAGGGAGACCGGGGUGCUCACCUGCCGAGCCAGCGGCACCCCCAAGCCCUCCAUCGCCUGGUCCAUGAACGGCAUCCCCGUGGAGAACUCCAUCGACGACGACCCCAGCCGGCGGGUGGAGGACGACUCGGUCAUCUUCACAGAGGUGCAGCCGGGCGCCAGCGCCGUGUACCAGUGCAACGUGUCCAACGAGUACGGCUACCUGCUGGCCAACGCCUUCGUCAACGUGCUCUCCGAGCCCCCCAGGGUGCUGACCAAGGCAGAGAAGGUGUACCAGGUGAUCAGACACCACCGCGCUCUGAUGGACUGCGCCUCUUUCGGCUCCCCCAUCCCCAAGAUCACGUGGUUCAAAGACGGCAGCUCCAGCACCCUGGACGGGGAGCCGUACGUGAUCCACGACAACGGGACCCUGGAGCUCCACGUGGCGCAGGCCCUCUACAGUGGGAAGUACACCUGCGUGGCCCGCAACUCCCUGGGCACCUACGAGAACCACGUCUACCUGGAGGUCAAAGAUCCGACCCGCAUCAUGAGACAGCCCGAGUACAAGGUGGUGCAGAGGGGCAUGUCGGCGGUGUUUGAGUGCAAGGUGGCCCACGACCCCUCGCUUCUCCCCACCAUGACCUGGCUUAAAGACAACGACGAGCUGCCCGACGAUGAAAGGUUCAUCGUGGACUCGGACACCCUGACCAUCGCGGAGGUGACGGAGGGUGAUGAGGGCGUCUACACCUGCAUCAUGAACACCACCCUGGACCACGACUCGGCCAGCGCUGAGCUCUCUGUCGUCGAGCGCCCGGAUCCGCCCACGGACCUGGAGCUCACAGACAAGAAGGAGAGGAGCGUGCAGCUCACCUGGACGCCAGGAGAUGAGAACAACUCCCCCAUCGAGAAGUUCCUGAUCCAGUACGAGGACUCUCUCCACCACCGCGGACACUGGCACAACCUGACGGAGGCGGCGGGCACUCGGACCACCGCCAACCUCCUGCUGUCCCCCUACGCCCACUACACCUUCAGGGUGCUGGCGCUGAACGCAGUGGGGCUCAGCCGUCCCAGCGGCCCCUCCAGGAUGUACAAGACGGAGGCUGCAUCUCCCGACGAAAACCCGACUGGAGUACACGGAUCUGGCACUGAACACAACAACCUGGUCAUAUCGUGGAAGCCCACUGAGGGGGGAUCUCCAGGGCGACGGACCGAUGCUGAAGCUACAAAGGUGAUGGUGGAGGGGGCUGAAGGACGUGUGACACGGACGUGGACCUACGGUGGUGUGGCCAACGUCCCAAAGUUGCCAGUGGCGGCUCCAGACAACACCCAGGUCCUGGUGUUGAACAGCACGCUGGUAGAGGUGCACUGGGACACACCAGGGGUCCUCAAGGUGUACUACUGGAGGGAGCUCAGCCUCCACAAGCACAACCCCCGCCACGUGGAGAAGCAGAUCCUGGACUUCAGCGGGAACCACACCCACGGCAUGGUGCCCGGGCUGAAGCCCUCCAGCCACUACUCGCUCAACGUGCGCGUGUACAACGGCAAGGGAGAGGGCCCGCCUAGCCCCAGCCAGACGUUUGAGACCCCCGAAGGAGUCCCCGGCAUCCCGUCGUUCCUGACGGUGUCAGAUCCGGGCCUCGACUCCCUGACCCUUGAGUGGGGUCCCCCCAAGGACCAGAACGGCCGGCUCACCGGCUACACCCUCACCUACCAGCCAGUCAAUAGCUCCAACGAGCCAGGCCCAGCCAAGGAGCUGUCCCUGGGCCCCAACGAGACCAACGUCACCCUGCCCCACCUCAAGUACAGCACGCGCUACAAGUUCUAUUUGAGCGCCAAAACAGCCAAGGGGGCUGGACCCGCCAUCCCACAGGAGGCUGUCACGAUCAUGGACGAAGGAAUUAUCCAAGCCUCUCAUCCCAUUGCACCGUCUCCUCCCCGCCUUCCCAUCCGCAAGGUGGCGUCUGUGGCCCCGUCGUUUGGGAACGUUAGCUCCGUGCCGGGCGUGGAAGGCCCUGUGAUCAGUUGGGAAUACUCGGGCCCGGAGAGAAAAGUGUAUCUAGAAUACGUGUUGAAAAACAGUGGAGGCGAGGAGCAGGAGGAGGACGAGAAGGUGGUGUGGCAGAAAGAGUAUGUGAACGACUCCCAGGGCGUGGUUCUGAGGGGCCUGAAGGAAGGCCUGGUCUAUAGGGUGCGGGUGGUGGCUGAGGGUCUGGACGACCAGUCCCCACACCGCUCCGAGGAGAUUGUAGUCACGGUGCCAGCUAUGACCAGCAGGCAGGUGGACAUCGCCACGCAGGGCUGGUUCAUCGGCCUCAUGUGCGCCAUCGCCCUGCUCAUCCUCAUCCUCCUCAUCAUCUGCUUCAUCCAGAGGAACAAGGGAGGCAAAUACCCUGUGAAAGAAAAGGAGGACGCUCACACAGACCCCGAGUUCCAGCCCAUGAAGGAUGACGACUGUACCUUCGGAGAAUACAGCGACAGCGAGGACCAAAAACCGCUAAAGGGCAGCCGCACGCCGUCUAGCGGCCGGACGGUAAAGCGAGGCGACAGUGACGACAGUUUAGUUGACUACAGCGAGGGCGGCGGCGACGGCGGGCAGUUCAACGAGGACGGAUCCUUUAUCGGCCAGUAUAGCGGCAAGAGCAUCGGCCGGGACACCGUCCAGGGCGAGGGUCCGGAGAGCUCCGAGGCCCCGUCCCCUAUCACCACCGCCAUGAACUCCCUCAACUCCUUUGUUUAGCGCCCCCUGGUGGACCGGCCCCCGUGAACGGCAGAGUUGCGGCCCAGCCCACCACGCCGACCGACCCAUCCCAUCCACACACCUGCACAACACUGUCCCCACUGGCACUGCAUGGCUGCUUCAUCCAUGACAUGCCCAUUGCUUCUGUACUGUAGUGGCGCUUUGUGACCUGUCGAUGUCCACAAGAUGGCCGCCGCCCCGGUUGUGUGGAAUGACUUUGUGUUGUCUCGUUGUAAACUGAAAAGAGGGGUUUAGGUGAAACAAUGCUCAAAAUUGUUGUGGUUCUUUUUAGAAUCAGGUUUUCUUCUAGUUAUUCCUGAUUUAUUUGUUUGUGCUGUGGGUAAUUUGUCUCUCGGGAGAUUUAUUUUUCUGUUUAAUUGGAUUCUAAAACCACUGAAUAUUUUGUCAUUUUGUUAUUUAGAAACCCAAAGGCAUGAAUACUUAUCUAUUUAUGCAGUGGAUGCUAAGAAGACAUCUGCCUCCAAAUGAUCAUAACACAUUAUUCUUCCCCAAGACAAAAUAAGAAGUGGCAUCUCUCUUUUUAGUUGCAUCGUAAAUGCAGCAUCCAUCCAAAAACCCAUUUAAUUGGAAAGUCUAAAAUGUAGUCUUUGGUAACCAACCGCUGAGAGCGAUUGUCUUCAACAGCGUGUUCCUGUGUCUGCCACACGCAUCCUCCCCCUCCAUCACUCUGUUGAAUGCUUCACCUGUGACCAUGUGACCAAGGUCACUGCAACGCUGCAUGGCUUGUCAUCAUUCACACCCGUUGACCUUGUGACCUCUUGUCCCCCCCAUCUGACCUAGAUAUAGAAUGAGGUUCACCUCACAUGACCUCGGCCCCGAGUGCCAUGUCUGUCUAUUACGCAUACAAGGCUGAAUCUACGGCCUCUGUAGGUCAGGGCAGCACUCCCAGUAUAGGCACUGUUAUGAUCCCUUCCUGUAAAAAACACAAAUCACUGAUUACAUGGGCGAGUCAGGAUGCAAACCCCAGUGUGUUCGCUUGAGUGUGUGUGUGUGUGUGUGUGUGUGUGUGUGUGUGUGUGUGUGUGUGUGUGUGUGUGUGUGUGUGUGUGUGUGUGUGUGUGUGUGUGUGUGUGUGUGUGUGAGUCGCUCACCCUCCAGAGAAGAUUGCUUCUCCUUCUGCAGAAGAAAACCCUUAAUAAAGACGAGAGCGUGUCAAUACCCUUCCCGGUCGAGACGCCUAAUGAUGCCUUGGUCAACAAGAAGCCGAGGGAACGCCCCUACUGAUCAGGGCUGUGUCAUUAUGUUAAGGAAUAUUGUCAAAAGUGUCACGCAGUGCAUUUCCCUUUGACUCCACUCCACAAGUUUUAUGAUUGUAUUUCUGCAGUGUAUACGGGCGUGACUGUUUAACCAUGAAUGCGUGCGUGCGUGUGUGUGCGUGUGUGUGUGGUGUGCACGCUCACGUGUGUGUGUGUGUGUGUGUGUGUGUCUCUCUCGAGGCUAUCGUUUAUAGAGUUAAUUUUCCAGGACAACCGUUUACUUAUUAACUUACCCUGAGGACCGACGGAGGCUGCCGACAAGAUUUGUGUUCACUUAACUUGCAUCAAGUUUUUACGUUUUGUGUUUUUUGUGUAUUUUCAUUUUUUCUUUCUUUUUCGUUUUUUUACAGACGCGUAGAACCUUUGGUUGAAUGUGUAAAUAGAGCCUAAAUGACUGUACAGUGACAACGCGCUUCUACCGCGGACCCAGAGGCAGGAUUGUGCAUGGAAAUGAUUUAUUUUGUUAAUAGGACUGUAUCCAACCUCUAGAGAAUAUGCAUACUUUUGUUUGUUUCUCCUUUUUUUUUUGCUGUGCAUAGUGUAUAUUGUACUGUAACUAACUAUAAAGAAGGUUUGCAUAUGUUUAUAUUCCUAUGAUAUGCUAAUAGGACAUGAGCGAGUUCUGUUAUCUCAGUAUAAUACGAGUUUGGGUGUAUUCACGAUAACCCAUACAUGUACAUUAUUCCUAUAUUCUGAUUAUGUUGAGCAGUAUUACUAGCUACUGCCAAAAUUCAUAAUCUCCUUUUGGUGAUUGCAAAGACUGCAAAAAGGCUUUGUAUUUUAUAAACUUUGGUUUGUACUAACAAUGAAUUUUUCUCUCUCUCUCUCUCUCUCUCUCUCUCUCUCUCUCUCUCUCUCUCUCUCUCUCUCUCUCUCUAGCUCUCUAUUUAAGUUUAUUCACAUAGUGCAAGAAUGACAUUCACAAAACGGAAUAUAUGAUGAAUAAA